AUGUCACCUAUUCCUGAACGGAGCCAGGUCAUGGAUGAGAGGAGGAAAAAAUAUCCCUUCAAAGGGCCUCAGAUAAGUCUUGGACUGUGCUCGUCCAUCAUUGGCCUGGAGAUCAUUUUUCUGUGGGUGGGCAUCCUUCUCCCAGGCACAUGUUGUGCCCAGGAACAUUAUUCUUACUAUGAAAUAGUCAUCCCCAAGAAAUUAGUAACUUUCAAAAGCAAGGAACAAUCAACAGAAAAACUGUCCUACAUGCUAUUAAUGAGAGGUAAAAGGCACGUAAUUCAGCUGAGGUUGAAAAGAGGCUUGUUCCUCAAGGACUUUCCUGUCUACACCUACACCCAGGAGGCCUUAGACCUGAAUGUGCCUUUUAUCCAAGAUGACUGCUUUUAUGAUGGAUACGUGGAAGGCGAGCUGCGAUCCCUGGUGUCUGUCAGCACCUGCUCGGGCCUCAGAGGCAUGAUAGCUGUAGAGAAACUAGUCUACGGCAUUGAGCCCAUUGGCACCUCGAAGGAGUUUGAGCAUGUCGUAUACUACAUGGAUGGGCAUGUCAGAGGCUCCUGUAAAGUCAGUGGAGAAAAUACCCCCAAAUCCCCCGACACUUUGUAUCCAAUAGCGAAUGAGGAUUAUAGCCAUGGGGAAGAAGAGCCCGUCAAAUCUGUCAACUACAUCUGGUCCCACACCAAGUACCUGGAGCUGUUUCUGGUGGUCGACAACAGGCGCUUCCUAAUGUGGAACAGCAACGUGACCACGGCGGUCCGCACGGUGAUGGACGCCCUCGCCCACGUUAACACCUACAGCCGGGCACUCCGGGUCAGGGUGGUCCUGGUCGGCCUGGAGAUCUGGACGGAGAGGGACCGGGUGAGGGUGUCUGGGGACCUGGGGGAAGUCCUGCGGGCCUUCAACCGCUGGCGGGAAGGGGAGCUGGCCGGGCGGGCGAGGCACGACGCGGCCCAUCUCAUCGUGGGCUCCGAUCCGGGGGAGCGCGCGGGGGCAGCAUUUCUUGGCGGGGCCUGCGUGCCCGGGCGCGCGGCAGGAGUCGAGGCUUUCUCGCACGAAGAUCCCGCCGCCUUCGCGGCGCUGCUGGCCCACGAGCUGGGCCACAACCUGGGCAUGAGGCACGACCACGCGGCCUGCCUCUGCCCGGACCGGCCCUCCUGCCUCAUGGGGGACCCGGUGAGCCUGCAGGGCAGUUUCAGCAACUGCAGCUUGGGGGAUCUCUACGCCUUUGUGCGCCCCCCGCACGGCUCCUGCCUCUACGACAAGCCCGCGGCCCGGCCGGUGCCCAGGAAGCCCAGGUGCGGGGACGGCGUGGUGGACGCAGGGGAGGAGUGUGACUGCGGCGAUCCCGGCGCCUGCCCGGAGGAGGCCUGCUGCCUGCCCUCGUGCCAGAGGCGGCCGGGCUCCGCCUGCGCCUCCGGGCCCUGCUGCAGCGAGUGCAGGCUGCUGGAGGCCGCCACGCCCUGCCGCCCCAGCGUGGACGAGUGUGACCUCCCCGAGUACUGCGACGGCGCGUCCCCGCGCUGCCCGCCCGACAGCUACAAGCAAGACGGCGCCCCCUGCCGGGCCGAGGGCCGCUGCUACCGCGGCCGCUGCCGGAGCCUGCGCAGCCAGUGCGAGGCGCUGUUCGGGGCGGGCUCCCGAGCGGCCCCGCCCAGCUGCUACCGCCACCUGAACACGCGGGGGGACCGCUUCGGGAACUGCGGCCGCGGCCAGCCCGGCUUACUUCAGGCCUUCGUGGGCUGCGAGCCCCAGCACGUCCUGUGCGGGAAGCUGCUGUGUGAGCACGUGCGCAGGCUGCCCCGGAUGCGGAAGCACCACACCCUGAUCCAGGUCCCCCUGGGGGACGCGUGGUGCUGGGCGGCAGACCUCUUCGAGGAGGCGGCUGAGCCCGAGGGAGGGGCCGUGCAGGCGGGCACCUGGUGCGGCCCCCGCCAGGUCUGUGUGAACCACACGUGCUCCGAUGUGGGGGGGCCGCGGGCCGAGUGCGAGCCCGGGACCACGUGUCACGGCCGAGGGGUCUGCAACAACCUGCAGCAUUGCCACUGUGACGCCGGCUACGCUCCUCCCGCGUGCGAGGCCGAGGGCCCGGGGGGCAGCGUGGACAGCGGGCCCCCUCCGGAGGACCACAUUGUCACUCUGGCGGUCAGAGUCCCGAUGUCUACUAAAAACCUCCCUCCUACUCACGCUGUCCGCUCAGCUGCGCCUGGAGCUGUUACCCCUGGAGCCAAAUCGGACACAUAUGAGGGUUCUGAAUCGCCCCUUCUCAGCCUCAGUCCCACCUUUGAGAGCGCCCUUCCAUAUCCCUUGGCCAAUCACGGAUGAAAAUUGUACUGAAAUUUGUGAAGCUUCUGAAAAAGUGAAUCCACCUCAUCCAUAAGGGGACCCAUGUGCUCAGUCUGCCAUGGGCUGCCCGUAUGGCCUUCUGGGUCACCUGCCUUCCUGGGAGUAAGUGGUCCCCAUGGCCUGGUCAGGGCACGAAGAAUGGGACAUACCAUGGAAAUGGAAGUGGGACGGCUGUCCCAGAAAAACGUCUCUUUUG